GAUUGAAAAUAAAACUACAACUCUAUUAUUGUUUAUUCCUACGGUACGAAGAGCGAACAAGUGAAAAUUGUUGUGAAAGAAUUCGUGAUUUUUCCGUAAUAAAUGAGGAAAGUUGAGCCGGAACGAGAACCAGUUUAGCAUCUAAUGAGACCGCCAAUAUUAAACAGAUUAAGGAUGGAUUUUGAUGAAGCAAUGAAAGCUGUCGGGGAAUUUGGAUUCACACAGAAAACACAACAAGUAAUACUAAACUCCAUCCAGCUAUUUGGUGCGAUGCAUAUGCUAUCCCUGGUGUUCGUAGGACGAGAGCCUUCCAGUGUAAUGUGUGGCGAUCAUCUCUCUGUUUACGAUGAUGUGUGUCUUAUGAAACCCCCCUGUGACCAUUAUAAAUACGGCCCAGAAUUCACUUCGAUCGCCACAGAGUGGGACCUGGUAUGCGAGAAGAGCCAUAAAGUUGGUUUAGCUCAGAGUGUCUUCAUGGCAGGCGUGCUCUUAGGUAACGUCCAGUUUGGCUCGUUCUCCGAUCACUAUGGCCGUCUAAGGAUGACAUUGGUGGGUCUCGCGUUGUUGAGUCUUCUUGGUACACUUAGUGCAAUGGUGUGGACUUUUGAACAGUUCCUUGUUUUCAGAUUUUUGGUAGGGUACGGAGCUGGAGGGGUGAUUCUAUCCGUCUUUGUUCUGCAAACAGAGAAUCUUAGUUCCUACCACAGGGCUAUAUCAGCUACGUGUGCUCCGUGUACAUUUGCAUUUGGUGUAAUGCUUUAUGCAGUGAUGGCGUACUUUGUGCGAGACUGGAGGAACCUUCUGCUACUAUCCUCUUUGCCUGUUGGAGUGUAUCUUUCUAUAUACUUUUUGGUUCCUGAAUCUCCCCGUUGGCUCGUUACCAAAGGCCGCAUCACCGAGGCCGAAGACAUCUUACACCAGAUAGGAAGGAAGAAUGGCAUGAAGGUUUCCCGCUCAAUGAUCAACCUGGCUGAAUCCAAGACCACUCCCAAGACUGAUAAAAAAUACGGCUUACUAGACUGCUUCAAGACGCCGGUGCUCAGAAUGAGAAUGGUCAUUCUAAUAUGUUCAUGGUUUACUGCUAGCAUGGUAUACUAUGGCCUGACGAUGAACGCUGGUAAUCUUGGUAGUAAUGUGUACAUCAGCUUUGCUCUCUCUGGAUUGGUGGAAUUACCUGCCUAUCUCUUUGGAUUCCUUGUGCUCAAUAGGACUGGGCGAAGGAAAGCUAUGGCUGCCUCUAUGUUUGUUGGUGGUGUGUCUUGUUUGAGCUUAUUAGUCUUAUCAAAAGAAGAUGAAACCAUGGUGAUCAUUAGGACAGCUCUGGCUCUGAUUGGCAAAAUGGGUAUAUCAUCUGCUUUCAACAUUGUCUAUAUAUAUUCAUCCGAACUACUACCGACCGUUUUAAGGAACAGUGGUAUGGGAAUAUGUUCGAUGUCAGCCAGAAUAGGAGGCGUUGUUGCACCGCAGAUUAUUCCUAUGGGUGACAAAGCAACUUUUCUCAUAUUUGGAGGAACGGCGUUGGCUUGCGCCAUUUUUGAUCUCGGCCUUCCCGAGACUCUCAACAAGCCUCUACCAGAAAACAUUGAUGACGUCGAAUAUCCUGAACCUGCCUCUACCAGGAAGCAUUGAUGAAUUUAUGAAGUGGAAAUCAACUUGGCAUUAGUCUUAGUCUUGGUAUUGGUUUAACAGACCAAGUGAGUAUAAGACCAAGUGAUGGUUGGACCAAAUAGUCGUUAUCGGUAGUAAAUUAAGUUUGCUUAGAUAUAAUGGAUCAAAUUCACAAAGGUGGUUAAAACGAUCGUUUGAACACAUGGUUUUUGCAGAUUUUCUGUAUAAAUUACGCUUAUUUACCGCGUAUGUUAAAAAUGUGGAAUGCUGAUGUGUGCUUUUGUCACAUUGCGCCAAAUUGAUGCCUGUUGCCGUGGUUAUCUACGCUAGUUUAUUCAUGAGUCCACUCAUUUUAAUUACUGA